AUGAAGACCAAGCUCGACCCGGAUUCUGACAACCACGACCUGAACCCGAAAACGGACACCUCCAAGGCCGACUCGAGUACCGCAUCCCCAACCUCAGGCAGAGCUGCGAAGGUGGGCGGUCCGUUGAGCUUUGAGGGAGCCGUGGAGGGCCGCACGGGGAGGCAGACGUACAUGGCGUGGCGGAAGGCUUUGCAGGCAAAGGGAGCGAGUAACACCGCCAAGAAGGAGGGUUGA